GUGGCGGACUCCGUUGGGCGGAGACGAGCACGUGGUCAGGGAGGGGCCCCGCGCCCCGCGAUCACGUGAUGUUUGGGUGCCGGCGGCACGGCGCGGGCGCGCGGCGGCAGAGAAGCCACUGAGACAACAAGCUUUUGGUCUGUUGUGCCUCUGCUGUCUUGUGCCAAACCCGUGGCUCCACAUCGCGAGGGAAUAGAAGCGUGGGUUUAAAAUACAAUCCUGCAUCCACUGCUGUCUAGAAAAUGUCUUAUGGAUCCAUUGAUGGGAGUGGAUUUGGGAGGAACCCAUUUGGAGGCCCUUCGAGACAAGGCUAUCAACCUCUCGCCACCCAGAUUGAUCCCAGUGAACUACAGGAACUUUUUCAGGAGACUUCAGCCAAUGUCUUCCGAAUUAACUCCAGUGUGACCUCUCUGGAAAGAAGUCUUCGAUCUCUGGGGACCUCCAAUGAUAAUCAAGAACUUCAGGAUGGACUGCACGCAACCCAGCAAGAGACUAAUAAAACCAUCACGACUAGCACCAAAGCCAUCAAGCAGCUGUCUGAGGUUGUCAGAGGCUCAUCCAGGCAAGAACGACUUCAGCUGGAUAGGCUGAAGAACCAGCUGUCUGAUGCCAUCCAAAGAUACGGAGCUGUGCAGAAGAAAAUAGCAGAGAAAUCCAAAGCUUUGCUUCCUACUGGGCAGAGAAGUAGCAAACAAAGCCCUAGGACUCCCUUCUCUGACCUAGCUGAUGAUGAGAAGAUCUUUAAUGGAGGAGAUGGCACGUGGCAAAACCAAAGUCAGGAUCAAGCCUUGCUCUCGGAAAUCACAGAGGAGGAUCUGGAGGCCAUCCGUCAGCGGGAGGAGGCCAUUCAGCAGAUUGAGAGUGACAUGCUGGAUGUGAACCAGAUCAUUAAAGACCUGGCCUCCAUGGUGCAUGAGCAAGGAGACACAAUAGACAGUAUUGAAGCCAACAUUGAGACUGCAUCUUCUAAUGUAGAAUCAGCCAAUGAGCAGUUGGCAAAAGCAAGUCAGCACCAACUACGAGCCAGGAAGAUGAAGUGCUGCCUCCUCUCUGCUGCUGUGGCCGUUCUGCUGUUCAUCGUCAUAAUCAUUGCAGUCUCAGUCAAACAUUGAUCUGAUGACUGUUUCCACAGAGUCUGUGAUCACCCCGUGAAGUGGAAUGGAUUCUCAAGGCAUUUCACAUUCAUUCCCUAUGUCAGUGUCUGCUUUGCUGAUCACGGUGUGUUGAAACUGCUAUAACCAACAAACACUAAUUGUAUGGAAGAAAAGCUAAGUUUAAUGCCAUGUAUCAGUAUAAUUGUGAAUAAGUUUUCCUGCUAUUUUUUUUUUUUUUUU